CGAAAAAAAUACUAUAAUUUGUCAACUGACUGAAUUACAGUGCCACAUAUUUUUUGUGUUUGUUGAGCUCGAUUUUUAUUUUCUCUAAUACUGUUACCUAAUUACCUCCACCGUUAAUGCUGCGGUAGAGAUCAGGCUGCCCCCGAUGUCAGUGGCAUAGCGUGGUAAACCGGGCACUAAAACUGAAGCCGCCUUGGAUAUGAGCGUCUUGUGUUUCAUCCUCGAGGAGCUGAUGGCCGACCCAGCUGUGCUUUGCCGUUCGUCCGUGCGGCCCAGAAGUUAAGCGAGUGCUUGUGUGUCUGUGUCUUCAAAAGCGUAUUUCGUGCUUGGGUCAUAUAAUUUGUGUGUCGUGGGAUUUAUUCUAAAGGUCGUUUCAUUGCAUGCCCCACUCAGAUGCCUAGUUAUAAUCCCAAUAUAACUGUAACUUAAGAGCGAGAAAAGCAUGCAAGUUCGCGCAGGAAGCGUCUUUGCCGUCAUGCGUUCGUGAAGCCGCCCUCAGCUCCUGCCAAACGAUGGGGACCGCGUGCAGCUGCGCCCGCGACGCCUCGGACGAGUGUGCCCGCGCGGACAAGACCAACGGCCACGUGCCUGACCAGGACGGCGACGGCGACGGCGGCGGCGGCCGCGGCCAGCGCAACGGCCCGCUGCACACGGCCGAGCACGCCACUCAGACCGGCCGCAAGAACGGCGCCAUCCCCAAGAUCUCCAUCGGCGUGAGCUCGGUGGACGGCCACAGCACCUACGACGACGAGGAGGGAGGCCUGCGCCCCAUGGUUUCGCCCGCCCUCACGACCUCGGCCACCCCGCCCUUGACCUCCCCCGCCCUCGCUACGCCCCCUUACAACUCCCCCGCCCUCACCACGCCCUCGAUGACCCCGUCGGCGUUUGUGACGUCACCUUUGACCUCGCCUCCGGCCUCCUCCCUGAGAGCGGAUAGUGGCGUAGAUCAAGGCAGGUGUGACGAAGAAUUGGAGAUCAUGGCGACAGAGCUAGCAUCCUUAGUGAACCGGCUGGAGACCGCCGUAGCGAGGCUGGAGAAGGUGGGUCUGUCCGCGCCAGCAGGAGGCUCGCCAGCAGCGCCAGCAGGAGGUGCCCCUGAACCCGCUCAGCAGGAAGAGCGUCGCCCAGGCUUGAUUUGGGGUGAGGAUUGCACAGUGCCAUUUGUACUUGCCUACGAUGACCUCCUCUCCGGCCCCUUCAAGGCCUUCCUGGACACUAGCAACCAGAUUGGGGGAGAUGUUGCUGCAAUUGCAAAGAUGGUGCAGGAAACCUUCAUCAAUCAGCGAGCUUUCUUGGUCAUGGCUUCAAAGAGUCAGCGACCCCUUGACAGUGAACUGCCUCAGGUACUAGAGCCAACCGGCAAGAAGGUCCAGGAAGUGAUUGCAUUUAGGGAAUCUAAACGACAGUCGCCAUUCUUCAAUCACCUGUCUGCAGUGUCCGAAUCUAUUCCUGGCCUAUCAUGGGUGGCUGUUUCUCCAGCACCAGCACCUUAUGUUAAGGAAAUGGGAGACUCUGCCGUAUUCUAUACUAACAGGGUCCUCAAGGAAUACAAACUUCUAACUUUCGCUGUAUUGUCGGUAGCUGGCAUCCCUCCCCCUCCCCCAAUGGUCCCACUGGUGCCAAAAGCCGUGGCUGUGGAGGAUGACGGCCGAGCUGCACUCUUCGCCUCUAUCAACAAGGGAACAGAUAUCACAUCCGGGCUCAAGAAGGUUAGAGACGACCAGAAAACCCACAAAAACCCCAGUCUGCGUGAGGGACCAAAACCAUUUGUCAAGCAGACUGAGACCACCCCUGUCCGUGCACCCUCUCGCGAGUCCCCGGAACGCCCUCCCAAGUUUGCUCUGGAAGGGAAGAAGUGGUUCGUCGAAUACCAGAAAGACAAACCAAGUCUUGUGGUCGAUAGUGCUAAGAUGGACCAGUCUGUGUACAUCUUCAAGUGCCAGAACACAGUGGUUCAAGUUAAGGGUAAAGUUAAUUCAGUCAUAUUGGACUCCUGUAAGAAGUCUGCUGUAGUAUUUGAUAACCUGGUGUCUUCUGCAGAGGUUGUCAAUUGUCAGUCAUGCAAGGUCCAGGUGAUGGGUGUUAUGCCAACCAUCACGAUUGAGAAGACCGACGGUUGCCAUGUAUACCUGAGCAAAGAGUCUCUCAACACAGAGAUCAUUUCAGCCAAGUCCUCAGAAAUGAACAUCCUCAUCCCCAAAGAGGAUGGAGAGUUUGUAGAGUGUCCUGUUCCUGAGCAGUUCAAGACCGUGAUCAAGGGCCAUUCCCUGGUCACUACAUGUACCGAAAAGGCUGGUUAGAAUCAGUCAAACAAUGCUCACGUAGGGGAAGUAGAAAGUGAGAAGAGAGGAGAUAAUUUUAGAACCUGGCACAAUUAAUUUACACUUGAUUUAAAACAAAAUUGUAUACAUACACUAAGAAAACACAUUUUUAGGAUAUUUAUUGGUGCUUGAUGUGAAUAGUCAUCCCAGGAAGUGAUUUUUUAAAGGAUUUUGUGAAAAGUGGAUUCAAGAAAUGUCCAAAUUUUGUAGUGGAUUAUAGUUUGAUUUAUGUAGUUUUGAUUAAAGAAUUUUCCCUCAUGCCAUAGAGGUAAACGGUUUUAGAAAUUGGCGAGUCCACAGUGAAAUUAAGGUUUAAUAAUGCAAGCACAAGAAUAAUGACUAGUAUCAGCUUUUUAUACAAUCAAUAUGAAGCCAGUGUUACAUUAACAUAAUUUAACUACAAACAACUUAUUUAAAGUAUUGGCACCAAAUUAUUUAGAUGUUAUGGCUUGAUUUAGUAAUUGCCAUAGUGUGCAAUGAGAUAGAAAAACACAGUCAAUGAAAUGAGAUUCCUUCAGUUAAAAUAUUAGAAAGGAUCAUGAAUUUGUUAAUAGUUCAUCUAAUUUGUGAUUCCAUUUCCCCCACCAAGUCAACAGUUAGCUCUAGACUGUAUCAGUUAUUUAUCCAAAAAAAACAACAACAUUAAAAUGGAAAAGUUUGAAGCUUUUUUACUCAUAUGAAUGUAAGACACAAUGUUACUCAAGAGCACAAGUUAUUUAGAACCAGUCUGAUUCCUCCUCUAAAUAGCCAAAGAAUUGUUUGAAAAAAAUGCGUAUGGAUAAGGAAUGCAUGAGAAGAAAGAUAUUUAUAACCUUUGUAAAGAGAUGCUAACAAGAUCAACUGGAAUGAUGUAGCCAAAGUUUGCAUUGAAGUUAAUAUAAUCCAGGGUAAAAAAAAAGGAUAAUAAAUAAUAUAGAGGAACAAGAUCAGCGUACUGGUAAGGCAAGUCUGUUUCUUCCUUUAGAAAUAUUUCCCACAUUGUCACGGUUGCCACUUCUGGAAUUAGUUGGUCUCAUUCAUUAUCCCUAGAAGAAGAAGAAGAAAAAAAUCAUGGUAGGGAUACAUGUUGCUACUUUUAUAAGAAGAAAAGCGAUUUUUACACAAAUUUUGAAUGAGAUCUUUCAUUACUCUACUUGAUGCUGUAUGUAGUUUAGUCCCAUAAUUUAUUAUUAUUCCUCUAGUUUCUUUACCAACAGCUGGUGAAUUUGGAAAUGUAUUAGACAGUGGCAUAAUUAUCACACAGUAUGGGAAAAUCUAGCCUUUUUACUUUGCUUUAUUAUAAUUAUAAUUGUCUACUGCAAAUGUUGAUUAACUGUACUCUUCCAUUUUAUAUGCAUAUCAGUAAUGAUUUUGAUUUAACUAAUAAAAUGUACAAGUGGGUACCA